AAAAUAAAGUUUUUAAAAUUCUAAAAACAUUUUCCUAAUCUGUUGUUCUAAACAUUCUCUGCCAUGAAGCAUCUUCACCCUCCUCCUCCUUGUUUAACAUGGUCUUCAUCCAUUUCCUCCACAGCACCCAUAACCUGUUCGACGAAAUUCCUAAACGAAAACCAUCGAAAUUCUUCCAAGCCACUUCCUUCUUUUCGUGUCCAAUCGUUGAAGCGGUCUUCAAAGCCUUUAUCUCAAGGGCUUCAGAAGGAUCCUAACAAGGAUUUAUCACGCAUUCUUCGAACUGAAGCGGCUAUCAAAGGUGUAGAAAACAAAGCCAAUUCAUGGAAACAUAAACAACUCUGGCCUAAGGCUGUUCUUGAAGCACUGGAUGAUGCCAUUAAAGGGUGUCAGUGGCAGAAUGCUCUCAUGAUUUUUGAACUCCUUCGAAAUCAACAUUGGUAUGAACCAAGAUGCCAAACUUAUACAAAGUUGUUGAUGAUGCUUAGCAAGUGCAAACAGCCUAAAGAGGCUAGUCAGCUCUUUGAGACCAUGUUGUUUGAAGGGCUUAAACCUACUGUCGAUGUAUUCACUGCCCUUGUAAGUGCUUACGGUCAUAGUGGUCUCUUUCGUCAUGCGUUUUCUAUUAUUGAAGAUAUGAAAUCAGUUGCUGAUUGCAAACCAGAUGUUUAUACAUUCUCUGUUCUUAUAAGUUGCUGUGCAAAAUUUCGUCGAUUUGAUUUAAUUGAACGAGUUCUUGCGGAUAUGUCAUAUUUGGGAAUUGAAUGCAACAAUGUAACAUAUAACUCAAUAAUCGACGGAUAUGGUAAGGCUGGCAUGUUUGAGAAGAUGGAGAAUUCAUUGACAGAUAUGAUUGAAAAUGAAAACUGUCAACCGGAUGUUUUCACGCUGAAUUCUUUGAUAGGAUCAUAUGGAAAUGGUGGGAAAAUUGAUGAGAUGGAGAAGUGGUAUGAUGAAUUUCAACUAAUGGGCAUAAAGCCUGACAUAAAGACAUUCAACAUGAUGAUAAAGUCGUAUGGCAAAGCAGGCAUUUACGAUAAGAUGAAGACCGUGAUGGAUUUCAUGGAGAGGAGGUUUUUCACUCCGACAAUUGUAACAUAUAAUACUGUCGUUGAAGUUUAUGGAAAAGCCGGGGAAAUUGAGAAGAUGGAUAAACACUUUAAGAAAAUGAAGCAUAUAGGGAUGAAACCUAAUUCUGUAACGUAUUGCUCGCUUGUCAGUGCAUAUAGCAAAGCUGGGCUUAUUGACAAAGUUGACUCAAUCUUGAGGCAUGUAGAAAAUUCUGAUGUUGUUUUGGACACUCCCUUCUUUAAUUGCAUAAUUAGUGCUUAUGCUCAAGCUGGCGACUUAAAAAAGAUGGGCGAGUUAUUCUUGGCAAUGAAAGAAAGAAAAUGCAGGCCUAAUAACACCACCUUUGCGUGCAUGAUCCAGGCUUACAACACCCAAGGCAUGACUGAGGAUGCUAAAAAGUUGGAGGACAUGAUGAUUACUGCCAAAGAUAGCUUAGAUACUAAGUUGAUUGGAUGCUAGCACGGCCAAUUUUGAUAGCAAAUCACACACAUCUAUUCAUCGAUUUCCACGGUGAUCCUAACUUGGAAAGACUUGUGAACUUUAGCAGCUCUUACUAGUUAUUGAGCUUUAGCAUAAGGAUCUGCAUCAUCACCCAUCUACAUUGUAUGCUGAAUUUCGAAAUUUGUAUCUUCUCUACAGGUAUCUAUAUUUUUAUUCUAUAUCAGACAUGACAUCAUUGGAGUGUACAUUGGACAAAGUGUAUGUUUGGGUUGGCGGUGAGUUCAGCGAAAUCACGGUUGUACCGUGAUAAUACCAAAAGCUAAACUUUGUUUGAAGUUUCAACAAAAACUUUGGUAUCACUGCGAUUUCAAACAUGCACCAGGUUACUCGAAGUUGAGUUUAUUUAUCGCUAUCCGAAAAGUAGCAUCGACCAAACUCAAAUGCCCUAUUGAUUCACCAUUACCAUAUCAUUGAAAGUGGUUCACUAAACCAAUUGGUGAUCUAUUCUAGUGUGGAGUAAUCCAAGUUCUUGAGAUGGUUGAUGAUUGGAAGUCUAUACAAAACCUACCCUUCUUACCUUUGCACUGCAAUCCUGCCCUAGUAUCCUUGGUGUACAUAUUUUGUUGUCAUUACGUGUAAGAUUACAAGUUCAUUCAUUGUCUUGACAGUGUUUGAUAUGUUAUCGAUCAUUUUUUACAUCGCUUAAAAAUGCUGAAGAUGGUUUUUCUGCAGUAUUUAUGUCUUCAAAGAUGAUUUAUCUUUACUCUAAAAGGUAGCAAUAUAUUUACUCCAAAAGGCUGAUCCUUUUCUUAUCA